GCUUUAUCAAUACCAAGUUGAAAUAGAUGUUCAUAAAAAUCAAAAGUUUUUCUUAUUAAAGGCCUGUGUUUUCAUUUUUAAAUCUAAUGGAAACUUGUUACAAUACGUUUUGAUACGAAACGAAAUCAAUUUUUUUAGUUACUCGCACUAAUUAAAAGCAUAAACAUGCCGCCAAAGGAAGGAAAAGCUGUCAAAAAACCAUUGUCGAUUGUCAUCGAUGGCGUCGAUACUAUGGAGAUGACUCGAGAAAAACUUGAACAAUUUGCCACCAAAGUAAAAGAGGAACUAGACAAAGAGAGAGAAGAAAGGAAUUACUUUCAGCUUGAAAGAGACAAAAUAAGGACUUUCUGGGAGAUAACAAAAACGCAGAUUGAAGAAGCUAACGCUGAGCUAAAAAAUAAAGAAAGGGCUACUGAAGAAGCACAAGAACAAAAUGAAGCAUUAUUGCAAACAGAAAAGCAAAGAAUCAAAACUUUAAUAUAUGAACAGCAGUCAGCUGAAGCCACCUUAAAAGCUGAAAAUUUAGUAGCUUUAAAAGCCGCUGAAGAAGAACACGCCCAACAGGAGUUAAAUUUAUUAUGUGAUAAAAGGCACCUCAGAGAAGAAACGAAAGAGAAAGUUAUCGCAGCUCAAGAAGAGUUGAAAAGGGCUAAAGAGAAGCAAGCUCAAGAGCUAGCUCAAGCAAUAGAAGAAUUUGAUUUGAAAGCACAAGUAAUAGAAAAGAAAGCAGAAGAUAAGCUCAUUGAAACCAAAUAUGAAUUGAUAGUUAAACAUAGAACUGAACUUGCAGAAAUUGAAGAGCGAAAAAAUAAGCAAUUGUCAGAUUUGGUGGCUUAUCACGAAAGGGCAUAUACGGAUCUGAAAAGUUAUUACAACGAUAUCACUUUAAACAAUCUAGGUCUAAUUAGCAGUUUGAGGCAGCAAAUGGAAGAAAUGCAAAAUAUGAAAGAGCGAGCAGAAAAGAUUGCAAAAGAUGCAAAUCAAGAUACGAGGGGCCUAAGAGGACCUCUUGCUAUAGCCAUUGCAGAAAAUAAGGAACUUAAACGCCAGAUGUCUAAUUACGAUCGGGACAAAGCGUCUUUAGCAGCUAAAACAAAACAGCUGGAAUCACUUGUAAAACACUUCGAGGUUCUUACGUGGGAGUAUGAAAUUAUGCAACAGCGAUUUGACAAACUAGUGAGCGAGAGAAACGAGUUAAAGUCAAGAUUCUCUAAAGCUAUCCAAGAAGUUUAUCAGAAAGCAGCAAUGAAAACCGACAGUCUUGAAAAGAAAGUUAUGAAUUUGGAAUCAAAAAUUGGUGGACCUAGUGAACUUUCAGAAAUUCUAAAAUUGAAAGAUGAGCAAGUGGAAGAUCUUCGUUACGAAGCAGCACGUUUACGUAAAGCCCACGACGACCUUUUGGCUACUUACGAAGCAAAACUUGCCAAGCUCGGCGUACCUCGUGAAGAGCUUGGAUUCAAACCUCUACGUGCUGUUCCCGUGGCUGGUUUCAAUCCGGUUGUGGGUCAGGGUCCUGCAGGCUUAGUUACUAAACCAUCAAUAAAGAAAUAG